AUGCCUCCGCGACUAAACAUCCCACCUGUUACCCGCGUGGUACUAGUGGUCUUGCUCUUGCAGUCCGUUCUAAGUGCUGCCGUGCGCUACCGCCAGUGGUCUGCGCAUUCCGAGAUCGUCGUCGAAUGGCUGACCCUCAUACCUCAGCUGUCGCUCUUCUAUCCCUGGACGUUUCUGACGGCUACUCUGGUUGAAAAUAACAUUUUCACCUUAGCCAUCGCUGGUCUGACCCUUUACCAUGGCGGUAGAUAUUUGGAAAGAGCUUGGUCUUCGAGGGAAUUUGCUAAAUUCCUGCUCGUGGCAUCCCUAAUACCCAAUACCUUAACUUUCUUGGUUCUUGUCACAUUAUUUACUAUCACUCGUAAUGAGAGAUGGACGCUGACUACUAUUGCUGGCACGAUACCCCUCCAAAUCUCGUUUCUUGUUGCUUUUAGCCAACUCGUCCCCGCGCAUACCGUCACCCUUUUCCGAGGCGUUCUAUCUUUGCGUGUACCGAAAUUCCCUCUCAUCUACAUCUGCAUUGUCGCCGUGCUAUCUAUAACUCCGUUGCUUACCAGCGCUUCCUUGUUUCUAUCCAUCUUUGGUCUCCUUGCUAGUUGGACGUACUUACGAUUCUAUAAGACCAUCUUCCCGGAUCUCGAUUCUUCACAACCGACGUCCCUACGUGGCGAUGCAAGCGAGACGUUUGCUUUUGCCGAAUUCUUCCCUGGUCCGGUGAAGCCGUUUGUUGCCGCGAUUACCGAACCGAUUUUCAACCUGUUAGUAGCAAUGAGGAUAUGUACGCCUUUCUCGCAGGUCGAUAUUUCCGCUGCGCAAGGCAGUAACUUCAUACAGCGCAGUGGUCAUGGAGGCGUUAGGGCCGAAGCUGAAAGGCGGAGAGCCUUAGCUCUCAAGGUACUUGACCAACGUCUCCAUGCUGCCACUGCAGGACCCAGCGGUGGCUCCCGAAGCCAAUCACAGCCUCCUAACCAACCAGGUGGCCCGGGAGCGCACACGCAUCAGCAGCCGAACGCUCAAGCGGUGAUGACAUCACAGCCGACGGCCGUGUUGGGAGAAACGAACUAUAAUCCUGAUCAUGAUCAUUCCGAUAAGAGCGACUCUUAG